CUGACACUGGCACAGAGCACUGAGCACCGGCACUGACGCACGUACGCUAUGGCAAAGGAAGUGCAAGCUCCGCUCUCCCCACUAAAGGGGGGCCAUCCUCCUGCAGUAAAAGCUGGAGGAAUGAGAAUUUCCAAAAAACAAGAAAUUGGCAUCUUGGAGAAACAAAGCAAAAAGCCUGGCUUAGAGAAAACGAGUGCUAUUGCAAAUGUUGCCAAAAUACAGUCAAUGGAUGCCUUCAGUGACACCCUGGAGAAGCUCAGUCAUAAAUUUCCAGCAAUGGUGCACAUGGCACAUCAAAAACCCAGACCUGCUCUGGAGAAGGUCAUUCCACUGAAAAGAAUCUACAUUAUUCAGCAGCCUCGAAAAUGUUAAGCCGGGAUGUAAAACACAGCCGUCUGGCCAACUGCCUCUAACAUCUGACAGAUUAACAGAAAAGUACCAAAACUUUCCAUAGGCUGAGUGCCUUUACUUGAUAAAUAAAGCAGCCUUUGUAACUUCUCUUUUCAUUUUAGAUAAUAAAAGCAUCCAAAAUUGUAAAUCCAA